AUUAUAGUAGUUCCGAGAAACAAAUUUCCGUGGCUGUAAAUAUUGCAGCAGGAGAAGAGAGACACGAGCUCUCCCUCCGGAGGCCACGAGCCUCCCCCUCUGUUCGUCGUCCCCUCUCCAACGCCCGCGCGCCCGCCAACACCAUUCCCCGCUCCGAUUCCUCCGAAUUUCCGGCUCCCCAUGGCUUCCCCAGAUAUCUCCUUUGAUAUUCGCCCAGAGUUUAACUCAUUUGAUCAUCUAAGAAGCACGGGAUAUAUUUCAACAGAUAGACCAUGGUUGAAACUAUAUGGAAUAAGAGUUCCACCCGUGUCACCGUUCAACAGUUUGAGCAGUACGCCCGAUCUGGCACUCAUUCACCAGUGCUUACCUGAUGAACUGCUUAUCGAGAUAUUUGGGAGAAUGAGCCCAUAUACUUUAGGGAGGGCUGCUUGUGUCUGCCGCAAGUGGAAAUAUACUACACGCAAUCCUACUUUGUGGCGGAACGCUUGCCUGAAAACCUGGCAGAGGAAUGGAAUAGAGGCAAACUUCAGGAUGGUGCAGUCGUUAUAUGAUUCUUCCUGGAGAAAAAUGUGGGUGCAGAGACCAAGAAUCCGAAUUGAUGGUCUUUAUGUUAGUAGAAACACAUAUAUUCAUACUGGAAUUACAGAAUGGCAGUUCAAGAAAACUGUCAAUGUGGUUUGCUACUACCGUUACUUGAGAUUUUUUCCAACCGGGAAGUUCCUGUACAAGAUUUCCCCACAGAAAGUUAAAGAUGUUGUCAAGUGCAUGCAUCUCCGAGCAUCAAAAGGCGAUAGUGUGUUUAAAGGCGACUAUACACUGUCAGGGGAUGGCCAGAUAGAAAUGGCACUCCUAUAUCCUGGACAUCGGUACACACUUGUUAGGAUGCGCCUUAGGGUUAGAGGCACUACAAUUGGUGCAAAUAACAGGUUGGAUGUCUUAAAGAUCCUAACCACCGGGGUGAAUGGAACCGAACUAGGAAACUGGAAAGGCAACAUACUUGAACUUGUUGAGGACUGGGAGGAGAACGAGACGCACGACCCAGACGUGCCUGCUGUUUCCCACAGCAGGGGUUUGACUCCCUUUGUGUUUGUUCCAUUUGAGGAGGCUGAUACUUCAGUGCUAAACCUGCCGGUGGAGAAGAUGGAUUACUUUGUCCCUGGGUGAGCAGCACCUCCUAAAGGCAACCACCACGACGGGUAAUGGAGAUGGUCGAUAAUCUCAUCACAGGCUGAUAUUAUGAUGCGGAUGGAGAGGACCGGCUUAUUUCGUUCCAUACCGUGUUCAUGUUGGAACGAUAUGUACAUACACAGUACUUGUCUUGUUUCCUUUUCGGGUUGAAGGCAUGUUGUAUUAUACUAUAUGCUAUGUAUGUUGCUGGUAUAAAGUGGGCCAGAAAAUAAACACCAUAUCCAAACGGGUGGAGGCACCCUUGUGUAACAACCGAGUUAUGUAUAAUUAUGGGUAUCAUUCGCAGCA